GCUGAUGCUCUCCGUCCACCUCCCAGCAGUGAAGGCUGAGGGUCGCUGCAGGUGCUGAAGUCCUUGUUGAAGUCUCCGCUCCGGAGCCUCUCACAGCGGUGAGAACAGCCAGCCACAAUGGAACCCAAACCUCGGGAGAGUCCAGGCAAACAAUUUACAUAUUAUUCUGAAAAUGAAGUCUGCAAACAAGAUUACUUUAUUAAGUCACCACCUCCUCAGCUUUUCUCCUCAGCACCCUCUUGGAAAAAGAGGUUUUUUGUUCUGACAAGGAGUGGGGAGAAGGGCUUUAGUCUUUCCUAUUACAAAGACCAUCAUCCCCGAGGUUCCAUUAAAAUAGAUGGAAAUUCCAGUGUAGACGUUGGCAUAAGUAGCCAUGAAAAAAUGCGAACCGUACAGAAGAUGUUUAAGUGCCACCCCGAUGAGGUGAUGUCCAUCAGGACCACCGACAGAGAGUACUUCCUCAUCGGUAGCGACAGGGAGAAGAUUAAAGACUGGGUCUCGUUCAUGUCAUCAUUCUGCCGGGAUAUGAAAGCAGCACGCCCGAAUGCAGAGGAGACACUCUCAUUGGCUGCUAAAAGGCCCUCUUCAGACCCCAGCCCUCUCCUCGGUUAUUCCAGCACAUCGGAGGCCGUCGGCUCCACCACAUCAAGAAAUAUUCUUCCAGACAUGCAUUUAAUGGAAAAAAGUCCUCCAGGACUCAGACAAGCUCAUCUACUACACGAUUUCUUGCCAGAGACUACUCAGGAUACAGAAGAAGAGAGUCAUUAUAUUAGUCCUCGAAGUAUUCUUUUAGAGUUGGAUAAUAUUAUUGCUUCCAAUGAAUCUGGUGAACCCAUUGAACUUGGUAGUCCAGACCAGGUCUCUGAGAGACUUGAGCAUCAUUACAUGUCAAUGAAAUCCUGUUUGUUCAAAGAGACAACCGAUGAGUCUGCUGGUAGCGAAGAGGAAUCCCAGGCCCUUCCAGAGGCCCAGAACAGGGAGCUUCAUCUGCAAGAACAAGGUUCCAGGAGUGACUCUUGCCUUCCACCUGCCAAAACAGAGGCCCAGACCAUGAAUGGCAAAAAGGGAUCGACCUCACUAACUGUUGUGCAAUUGUCCAUAUUAAUCAAUAACAUUCCUGAAGAAAGCCACUUGGAGAGACUGAAUGUGUUCCUUUCUCCUCUCGACGUCACCAAUUAUUUGGGUCUCACAGAAGCUGCAGGACUGAUAUGUGUGGCUUCGUGGAAGGGACCCCCACGCCUGGGAUGCUUAUUUUUUCACGGAGACCACCUUUUGGCCGUGAAUGACCUAAAGCCCCACAGUCUGGAAGAGGCCUCCCUGUUUCUCAGCCGGUCCAUCCAGAAGGAGAAAGUGAAACUCACUAUAGGCCGGAUCCCAAAUUCCGAGAAAUUCCACGCUAUAGACUGUACAUGCUCCUUAAAAUACCAAGACGUUGUACCUUCUGAAUUGGAAAAGUCUGAACUGGAGAGGGCACUGAAGAGGAGCCCAGCCGUUAGAAAGGGUCAUCAGAAGAGAACUGGAGAGUAACAUGUGGGACCCACCCAAGGGGUGGGGAUAGGACCCGGACUCCGUACUGGACUCUGCCACUUAACACUGUGUGAGGCGAGGCAAGCCAGCACACCUCUCUGACUUCCCACAUCUGCCUCUGUACAAUGGGACUAACUACGCCCUCGCAGGCAAUUGCAUCAGGGGCGUGAAGAGGGCCAAGUGGGAUAAAGACUACGGGACAUAGUGAAACUAGGAGGCCUUAUCUCAGACUUUGUUCCAAACAGCGCAGACAGAGAUUGGGUAAUUCCCUCACUGAGAAUGUGCUGUGCGCUCUGUGAGGUCACGGUCCACACAAUCCCUUCUUUGUUAGGGAACAUGCUGUUGGAAAUACUCAUUCCGGGAAGGCAAGAAUCCCGAGAGAGAUGUGAUAUCAUUCAGCCUUCCCAACACUUCCUGCUACUCAUCAUGUCUGUGGUCCAGAACGCUGACACAAAUUACAACACACACACACACACACACACACACACACACACAAUAAAGAAGAAAAGAAAAAUAAACAGAAUGCUGAGACAGAGUGGCCUCUAGAAUUCAAUAAUUAUCUUGCUUUUUUAAAGACCCAGUAACUAUGUUAGAAGUUAAAGCAGUUUUAGGUCAUAUCCAGCAAAGACCUGCUUGCUCUCUAAAUAAGAGAACUACUUAGCACUUCUAAGUUUGGAAGGUCUUAGCUAAUUGAUGCAUUAACUAAUUGAUCCUGGACGGCCAAAAGAACCCAAUCUUUUUUUCAUACGUAGGAAAACAAAGGCAGAGAGCCAAAGGACUAACCCAGCCUGGGCAUGGUAGAGCAACAGGGGGCUUCAGAAAAGACAGGGUGGGGAAAAAGUAGGUUUACAAUUGUUUGUAUAGAAAACAGUACAAUAAUUAAUAAAUAAUAAGACAAGAAUAAACUCAGUUGGGAGUUUGGCAUACUCCUACUGUAAACCUACGUUGCCCACCCUGUAUGUUUCACCAGCUGUGAUUUUGCACGGGAAGAAAUCAAGGCCUCGAACGUUUAAUGAUCUACUGCCUUUGUGGCUCCCAGUUUCACACCUGCUAGUGGCAGAACCAAGAAUCUAAAACCAGCUCUGAGAAGCAGGUGUCCUGAUCCCCACUUUGUAUUUGGAUUUAGGUUUGAAAAGACCUUCAGCACAUAGAAGAGACAUUCAAAUACAGUUCAUUUUCUGUUAAUGAAAUCUUUACCUAAUGACCAAGGAUUUGGCAGGAUCUCAGAGCCAUUCAUUCUCAGUAUCAACUCGGGCUAGAUGGUUCUGGAAAACGAAAGGUUUAAGUGAACUUUGCACUCACAGGUCGAACUCUGGAGCUGGCCUGCCUAAGUUGGCAGCCACUAGCCACAUGUGGCCUUUUACAUUUAAAAUUAGGUAAAAGUUAAAAUUUAGUUUCUCGGUUGCACUAGCCACCUUUGAAAUGUUCAGUAGCCCUAUGUGGCAGGUGGCUACAGCAUUACCCAACAAAGAAUACGUCCAUCCUCAUGGAAAGUUCCAGAAAACAGUGCUGCUCUAGAAUGUUCAACUUCCAAGAGGGGAACAGGUCACAUUUGCCUCGUUUAAAAGCAUUAUUCUAUUUUGAUAAUGUUUCCAAAUAAAA